CGAUGUGUUUGACAUAUGACAAAAUCAAUGGAAAUGCAAAACACUUGGAGAUUGAUUGCCAUAUUACUGCUUCUUGAUGUCGCAAGUACUGCAGCUUUGUUUUCAUCCCCAUCUUUCUCUACAUUUAUUAUUCCGGCUGAAUACAAAAUACCAUAUCCAAAAACCAUAAAUGCUACGAUUGAAUAUGUGUUUUUGUAUCCUGCCAGCAAUAUGUCUCUGGAAACUGCAAGAAUUAAGAUAGAAAGCAACGCGACUCAUAGUUUGCCACUAAUAAUAGUAGUGCGUCAAACAACGGGUAUUCUAUCUUGGCAAAUACCCCUGCUUGUCAACAGCGCGGAUUUAGACACUGUGAUAUACAAUAAAACUAGUCGUACCCUAUGCUCUACGAAGUAUUAUCGUUACGCACAAGAUGAUGAAGAUUAUGUUGUUGUCGGUAUCUCCACAGCCAGUCGUGAAAAUAUCUUUUUUAAUCUCAGUGUGGUUGAAGUUACAGACUUUUAUUUAAGUUCUGGAAAGAAAGUAGAAGUACAGAUUUCCCCAUCUGAACCUAUAUAUUAUGGCUACAUCUUUCCAAAGGAGGAAAAUUCCUCAGUCAUUGUACGUGUUGAAUCAAAUAAUGAUGUCUGUAUGACCAUGUCUAUACAAAAUACAUCGUGUCCUGUAUUUGACCUGGAACGAAAUAUUGAAUUUUCUGGGCACUGGCAGACUAUGAGUAGAAGAGGAGGUAUCACAGUACCGAGAGAGGCUUAUCCGUUAGGAUUCUUCGUUGUGCUUGUUGUCAAAGGGGAGGACUCCGACUGCAGUGGAUUAUCCAGUAGUGACCCCCUUCGUACUAAAAACGUUACAUUAAUUGUAAAUCCUACUAUUACCAAACAGGAUUACAUCGUUGCAUCGGCAUCAGCAGCGGCAAUCAUAUUAGUUUUUUGUAUCUCCUAUAUAAUAGCUGUAAUAAUAUUCACUAUCAAAGAGAGUAAAAAACUUGCGACGCAAGAACCGCUAAACGAACAAAGCCAAGAUGUGAACGAGCACCUGCCAAGUCCAUCGAUGAUAGGAGAGAGUAGUCCGAAACAAUGGGAUUCUGUGGAGGAGGAUUCAUCUCUAGAUGAGGACGAUAUAGAUCUAAUGGAAGACGCUCUCUCUGAUAAAGAUGUAAUACGAACGAAAGUCAUUCUUUCGGUCUGCGAUCUCGCUCGCAAGGAGCCGAGGAUACUGCGACAUAAAUCCCGUUUAUAUUUGUAUUACUUGGCAACCGUCGCGAUAUUCUAUACGCUACCGGUCGUACAAUUGGCGGUGACGUAUCAGCGCGUACUUCACACGACUGGAAAUCAAGACAUGUGCUAUUACAAUUUUUUGUGCGCCCAUCCGCUGGGUUUGCUGUCAGAUUUUAAUCAUGUGUUCUCGAAUUUCGGAUACGUUAUGCUGGGUAUUCUGUUCAUAUUUCUAACUUACACUCGGGAGUACAACGAGCCGGAUAAGGAGAAAAUUAAAUGUUAUGGUAUACCACAACAUUACGGUCUGUUUUAUGCAAUGGGCACUGCACUAAUAAUGGAAGGUAUAUUGUCGGCGAGUUACCACGUAUGCCCUAGCCGUAGCAAUUUCCAAUUUGACACCAGCUUUAUGUAUGUAAUCGCGGUGCUCUGUAUGAUCAAGAUUUACCAAAAUCGUCAUCCCGAUAUAAACGCCAGGGCGCCGGUAACGUUCGGAAUGUUGGCCGUUAUAAUAUUCGCAGGAUUGAUCGGGGUUCUGAGUGGUUCAAAGAGCUUUGUAGUAAUAUUUUCCAUCCUGCAUUUACUGAUAUGCUUCUUUCUGACUGUACAAAUAUAUUACAUGGGACGAUGCAAAUUCGACAGAGGCGUUUUUAAAAGAGUAAUACAGAGAUUCAAGCACGAGGCACGCUGCGGCAUAUGGCAUCUACUCCGGCCGUUUUAUCCCGCGAGAUUCAUAAUGCUCGUAUUAGCGAAUUUGUGUAACGUUGGACUCGCGGUGUUCGGAAAUAUGUAUCAGCAAGGCAAUUUCGCAACGUUUUUACUAGCUAUAUUGAUGUCCAAUUUAAUUUUAUAUACAUUCUUUUACAUUAUGAUGAAGCUUUGCCACAGGGAAAGAAUUCUUCUCACACCCGCGAUUUAUAUCCUCUUAUCCAUGCUGUUUUGGGGAGCAGCCCUAUACUUCUUCGUGAAUAAAACUAUUUCUUGGGCUCUCACACCAGCCCAAUCCCGCCUCUAUAAUAAACCUUGCGCGUUAUUGAAUUUCUUUGAUUCUCAUGACAUUUGGCACUUUCUCUCGGCAUUAGCAAUGUUCUUUUCAUUUAUGGUAUUGCUUACUCUAGACGACGAUCUAACGGACGUACAUCGGAGUCAAAUACCAGUUUUUUGAAGAUAAUCUCCUAGGUUUGAGAAUUGUUUGAAAUGUUAUA